UACACUCACCACGUGCCUGCCUGCCUGUCUGUCUGGCCGUGGAUGCUAUAGAAGAGGAGAGGAUCCACCAACCGAACACCACUGCUGAAGCUCUCACCUGAAAAUUGAUACCAUGGAUGGAGCAGAGUUUCGCCGUAGAGGGAAGGAGAUGGUCGACUAUGUGGCUGACUACCUGGAGAAGAUAGAACAGCGCCCCGUCUACCCAGAUGUGGAACCAGGGUAUCUUCGUUCCUUGAUCCCCACUGAGGCCCCACUGGAAGCAGAGAGUUAUGAUGAUAUUCUGAAAGAUGUGGAGAGGGUCAUAAUGCCAGGGGUCACCCACUGGCACAGCCCAUACUUCUUCGCCUACUAUCCAGCUGCUUCCUCUUACCCUGCCAUGCUGGCCGACAUGCUGUGCGGAGGAAUUGGCUGUAUUGGAUUCACCUGGGCUGCCAGUCCAGCCUGUACAGAGCUGGAGACAGUGAUGUUAGAUUGGUUGGGGAAGAUGCUGCACCUGCCUGAGCAGUUUUUAGCUGGGACUCAUGGUCAUGGAGGAGGUGUCAUCCAGGCUACAGCCAGUGAGGCAACUCUGAUGUCCUUGCUUGCUGCCCGCUGUAAAGCAGUUCGACGGGUCCAGGCCUCUAACCCUGAACAAUCGGAGGGUGAAAUCUUCUCCAAACUGGUGGCAUACACAUCUGACCAAGCUCAUUCUUCAGUAGAGCGUGCUGGUCUCAUUGGUGGUGUGAUAAUGAGGAAGAUUCCUACAGAUGACAGCUAUGCUGUCAAGGGGGAAAUACUUAAAAAUAUGGUGAAAGAGGACAAAGCAGCCGGACUCAUCCCAUUCUUUUUCUGUGCGACUCUUGGCACCACUCCAUCAUGUGCCUUUGAUCACAUCACAGAGCUGGGGCCAGUAUGUAAUGAGGAAAAUAUGUGGAUGCACAUUGAUGCAGCAUAUGCUGGAAGUGCAUUUAUCUGUCCCGAAUUCAGGCCCCUGUUAAAUGGUGUUGAGUUUGCAGACUCUUUCAACUUCAACACACACAAAUGGCUUCUGGUAAACUUUGACUGCUCUGCGAUGUGGGUGAAGAACAGAGCAGACAUUGUUGGAGCCUUCAAGAUUGAACCACUCUACCUGAAACAUGAAAACCAAGAGUCAGGGCUGGUCACAGAUUAUAGGCAUUGGCAGAUUCCAUUGGGAAGAAGAUUUCGCUCACUAAAGUUGUGGUUUGUCUUCCGUAUGUAUGGGCUCACAGGUCUGCAGGCUCAUAUACGCAAGCACGUGGGCCUGGCCAAGGAGUUUGAGAGUUUGGUAAGGGCAGAUAAGAGGUUUGAGAUCUGUGCCAAGGUCAUCUUGGGAUUGGUCUGCUUCAGGCUCAAGGGCUCCAACGAGCUGAACCAGAACUUGCUGAAAAGGAUCAAUGACAGCAAAGAAAUCCACCUGGUGCCUUGCCAGCUCUCCGGCCGCUUUGUCCUGCGCUUUGCCAUCUGCGCACGCGCUACCGAGUCACAGCACAUCCAGCAAGCAUGGCGGCACAUCACACAGCUGACCUUUGAGCUUUUGCAGGAACCCGAUCAUUGACUAAAAGAAUGGGAAGGGGCUGUCCACUCUGAUGCCUAAAUGAGGACCAAAGUUAGGACAAAAAUUUCAUGUUUCAUGUUGUAGAUGUAAAAUGCUAUAAAGGGAAUAAACAAUGAUUCUACAGCUCAAAUAGCAAUCGGGUAUGCUUCUGGUGGCAGCUAAGUUAUGUAGUCUAAUAAGCAGUGGUCAUUACACACAAAAACGCAUUAAAGGAAAAUAUUCUAAAUAUCGCUCACUGUUUAAUGAGCAUUUAUUGUCCUUAUCAUAAUGCACUCAUCCCUGUGCUGACUUGUCUUUUGUGUCUAUGCUGCUUCUAUGUCUUCUAGGUGCAAAAUUAGGCUUGAGGUGAAUUUAAGGUUUGGUUUGCUCUGGGGUGAAUUUUUCGAGUUAAGCAGUGAAUGUAUUGCACAUUGUGUGUGUGAAUUAAUUUUUAAGUAAAUGUGUCUGUGAUUAUUUUUAGGUGCUUUAAAUGAAAGAUUAAAAAUGAAUGGGUUGAAAUCGGUUAAAGAAUUCUAAUAUUACUCAUACUAAUUAAUUUAAAUCCCUUUUAUAAGUGCAUUAAUUUUACUUCUGAUCACAUUAACGUAUUUAGUUAACAUAUAUGUUACUGUUACUGUGUUACUGUCUAAUAUAAUGACAGGCACAGGCCUGUUGUCCAAAUCCACAACAUAUCUUAUUGUUAUGAUUUGUAGCUCACAGAUGCCUCUCAUUUGUCUGCCAGGACAUAUAUAAAACUGUGGUGUGACAUUACAAAAUCUUGUUAAUACAUAUGAUUGUGUCAAAGUUGGCUACUGUUACUGAUAAAGGUGUUUUCUCUUUGGCUUGGCUGUGUGCUGCAUGCAAUGGUAUGAGAUCAUUUCAAUAAAGUAUACUGUA